AUGGAGCGUGGACCCGUGUGUGAAUCCAGUCCCAGCAAAACAUCUUUGGGUGCCAUUGCAAAGUCCCUGAGCCUGACCCACGCCUACCCCAAGCUGGCCCCCAACCAACCCCCCAGGCAGCUCCUCUCCCCACCGCUCCUGCUCUCCAUCAUCGUCAAUGUCCUCUUCACCUUCACCAUCCAGGUCUUCGCCUUCCUGUAUGUGAAGCAGCAGCCCUGGUACUCUGUCCUGCGCAGCCACAGUUGUAUAAUAGUGAGAGGCUCACACAAGCCUGCAACCACAGCCCCGAAGCACUCCGUCCUGAGGUAUGAGGACACCACCCUCUGGCCACUGGUCACCGUCAACUGCACCCCAACGAUCUGGAGGGUUUAUGUGCUGCUGAUGCUGCUGGUGGCCUUCUCCAUCUCGUUCUUUGUGGAGGAUGGCAUCCUGCAGAACCACCACCUCUGGCUUCUGAUCAAGGCCCUCUUCCGCUUCCGCUCCUCCAGCCAGUACUGGAAGCUGCAGUGGCAGCUGGAGGAGGACGCAAAGUGGCCGCCCACCAGCCAGAAGGACUUUGCAGAAGAGCCCAAGAGUGGCGCUUACGUCAACCCCGUCUAUGACGAGGCGGGAGAGAACUAGCUGGGGAGGCCGCAGGCUGGCCCAGGAGGACUUGCCAAAGGGACUUAUUGUGUGCAGAGAGACUGAUGGAAACCCACGGGAGAUCGUGCUCCUAGGAAGCCCCUCUGACGGUGCGCACAGAGCCUGCCUUUGCUCAUCCAGCUCAAGGAGGUUUGCCAGGGGGCAUUUUGCUGUUGGCUCUGCCUGAGUGGGGAAAUCUAGGGCUUGAUCCCUGUGCCCACGCAAGGGAUCCCAGCCUCUUCCACAGGGAUCCAGGCUGCUCCAGUGGAAGGGACACAUGAAGGAACACCGUCCGCCAUGUGGAAAACAAAGACAACUCUGUAUUUUUGCUUUCCAAAAGA